AAAGAAAAGAAAAAAUGGGCCGUAGUCCCUCCCCAGCCCACAGACGGCGUGAGAAAGAACGCACCGAACGUAAAAAACGACGUGAACGUCGUUCCAGAGAACGUGAAAGGGGUGGUGGUGUUGGUACAACCGGUGCCGAUAGUGAUGUUGAAAUUGUGCCCACAACCAGCAGCAGUUCCGGCCGUAGUCUACGAAGACGUUCACCACAUCACCGGGAACGGGAAAGGGACAGAGAACGUGAGCGUGAUCGCAGCCGUAGUCGCAGUCGUGGCCGUGGAAGACGACGUUCGAGAUCACGUUCCUAUGGCCGUGGUGGCUCUAGCUCAGCAUCAACAUCAUCACGCCGCCGUGGCGGUGGCACAACUUCACGCACUGAACGACCCAAAAUCAGUGAAGCCGAUUUAGAGGGUAAAUCCCCCGAAGAAAUUGAAAUGCUUAAAACGAUGGGUUUCUGUACGUUCGACACAACGAAAAAUCGUAAGGUAGAGGGUAACGAUGUCGGAGAAGUACAUGUAAUCCUUAAGCGUAAAUAUCGUCAAUAUAUGAAUCGUAAAGGUGGUUUCAAUCGUCCAUUGGAUUUUGUGGCAUAGCAUUGCCAUUAUUGUACGGAAUAUGGCAGCAGCACCAUGAACACCAACACC